CGUCGCGACGUCGUUCCUCGCCAGCCUCAGUGUGCCGCGUAUCCUCGUAUGUGCGUUGUGCGUCGCGUUCCCGAACGAUUGUUGCCCGCGCGAGAGAGACAUGUGACGACGGGAAAACAAGUACAUAUAUUGGAAAAUGACCAACAGAUACGACGCGAUCUCCGGCCACCGGAAGUGGUAAACGCGAUCCUAUUGCCGCGAAUUGAAGUUUCAUCUUCGAAGCCACAAGUUCAGCCGCGCUCUAAUGAACUCAUCGAGAAACAAUCAGAACCAUAUCUGAUUCGUGUGAAACUUUUAAUUGAAACAAUAAAACUGUGUCGAUCGUGCGAUAGUAAGGUCUUUUAUCGUGAAACGUCUGUGAAGAUACCGGUUGUUUAUCCGAAGAAUAAAUCCACCGGAUAGCAGGCGAUUUCCAUGGAACGACACUCGUAAAUUCGUCCAGGUCGAUUCUCGGACAGCACUUCAACUUCUUGAUCGUUUCAAAGGAUCAAAGUGUUUCGUAGAAUAUUCUCGGUUUCGAUAAAAAUACGAGAAGACUCUCGAACACGAGUGAACUGAAUAUUCAGAUCGUUUAGAGGGAUCGAUCUUAAGAGAUAGAUUUGUCGAAAAGGAAAAGGAGCGUUGGUGGAGGAAAAAACAACAUUCGAGAUGGCUGAGAACUCGCUUCGCAGGAAGACCAGGUCAGCCUCGAUCUGUGCUCCUGGUUUCUCUAGUAUGGAACAAAUGUUAGAGGCGAUGCCUCCCUCGGGUGCACGAGAAAGAGAUAAAAUCGACAGGGAGAAGGAUAGUGGAAGCGGAACUCCUGAUAGUAGUACACCGACCAGAAGGCGCAGACCGGCGACCAGGUCCCAGAGUGCCCGUGUUUCCGGCGCGAAUAAGAGUAUCCGUCGUCGAGCGGCUGCCCAAGCUGCACACCAUCAUCAUCAUCACCACGAAGGCACAGUAAAGUCUGCUCAUUGCAGCAGUGAACCAAGACUGACUGACAAUGAUAUCAGUCCUGGCCUCAGGAGAAGAGGAAGUCGAAGAGGGCAAAGUAUGCAUCAUACUCAUCACAGGAAGAGUAAUGCAUUUUUGGAUGUUCCUGAUACCUCGUCGCAAAUGCCAGCGAGGGAGGAAGGAGAGGACGAGGAUAGUUACAGGCUUCGAAGCUUCAGUCUCACCAGUAAAGGUGUCGUCAACAGAGGCGAUUCUUUCAGAAGAAGAAGAUCAAGGUCGAACUCUUUGGCACCUGCUGAUCCAGAAAACGAAGAGAAUCGUUCUGCACCCCCGAAAGAGGUAUCAUCGUACACCGUCGCGAUGCUGGGCGCAAGGGGUGUCGGAAAGACCGCCCUGAUCAGCCAAUUUAUGACCAGCGAAUGUAUAAACGCAUACGACAGACAGAGAGACGUACCAAGCGAGCAAUCUGUUUUCAUCAUGCUGAACGGAGAGGAAAGCGAGCUUAGAUUCCUCAACAUCGCCAAUCCAAAGUCGGAACUGGAGAGUCUACACCCGGACGCUUUUAUCAUUAUGUACUCUGUGAUCGAUAAGGCGUCCUUUCAAAGGGCAGAAGAGUAUCUCGAACGUCUUCACGAUCAGGAUCUCCUUCAGGGGAAGCCGGCUAUAUUGGUUGGUAACAAAGUAGAUCUGGUUCGGUCCAAGGUAGUCUCAUCCCAAGAUGGAAAAUGCAUGGCGUGUACCUAUCGAGUGAAAUUCAUUGAAAUUUCGGUCGGCAUCAACCACAACGUGGACAACCUUCUGGUCGGAAUUCUUAACCAGAUACGUCUGAAGAACGUGCAAGGAAACGAGAAUCGUACAGGAAACGGUACCAGCGAGGGUAGCGGCCAUUGGUAUAAAUCUAGGGGUGUGGUACGGGCCAGUAUGAAGGCGAGGCAAAUGUUAACCUGGUUAUUUGGGAAGGAGGACAGCAAGUUUAAAAAUUGCGAGAAUCUUCACGUGCUUUAAAUAAAGUGGAAGAUCUCGCGACGUACCUGAGGGUAGAUUUGUAAGGGCGCGAUUCUUUCCACGUAGCAUCUGACAAAUUCAGAUAUUUCCAGCAGAAGACACUGGAGGAAAUAUUGAUGAAAUAAAGGCUGGUUAAAUUGUAUCGUGGCAGGAAUGGCCAGUUUUAUUUUGCGAAUUUAACCGAUUUUAUCGGCGGGUAUCAUUUUAUAUAGCUAUAUUCCAUUCGCAAGCAAUCCAUACAUUUUUAAGGCUGUAUGUAUCGAUAUGAAAACGCAGGAAACAGUUAUAAAUUAAACUAGCGAAAUUAAUUACCCUGAAUUGUGAAUUAAAGUGGCCAUUCCUCCCGUUGCUACGCGAAUACUUGAAAAGUGACGCUGGGAAACGGCAAAACCGAGGUGCGAUAUAAGUGCCAAUUAAUCAAAACGAACGCGAACAUUGUUUCUUUCAUGAAUUUUGAUUAAUGUUAGGGUUUAAGAAUCUUCGAUCGAGAACUUCCUCGAUGACUAACAUAAAUAAGGAUAAGUUCGUGAAUAUCAUACGUGUUGAUUCAUUCUUCAUUCAUUCGUGAUCAAUAUCAGGAUAAUUAUAUUUCAUCAAGAAAUUCACACCGUAUGUGUUGCUCGAUUAAUCCUUUGAUCUUUUCAUUUCAUUUAAUCGUAACAUUUAUAUUAUUCCAUAAAUCUGUAAUACAGAAUAUUUGGGUUAAUUAAAAUUUUUUAAUCGAAUUGAUUUAAAAAAACGAUCUCAUGAUAAUCAAAGGGUUAAUUCAAAAGUUAAAUCGAAGAAAUUAAAUUGAUUCUAGGACAGGUACGAAAGAAUUUAAAUUGGACCAUGGCAUGAAUCUAGUGGCCACUAAAGUUACGUCGUUAAUGUAUAAUAAGACCAAUUUAAUCUUUUUAAUCCAACUUGUAUAUACGAUAAGAUUAACGAUACGUAUGCUUAUGGAAAAGGUAAGAUAAAAUGAGAAAUACGAGAUGUGUUAUCAAAUCCUGUGGAAAAGCUUUCACAUUUUUCUGAUGAUUAAUGAAAAUGAAAUAAUUUGAUUGCGUGAUGACCUUUAAUCACCAAAAUAAGCUCUAUUAUAUUAAAAAGACAAUUUUCUUCCAUUACGAAUAAUUACAAUAAAUAAAAAUUCUUCAAGGUAAUGUUCUUCAAACUGUUACAAUUUUUUUUUUUUUUUUAAUCAACGUAAUAAAUGACAAAAUUUUCCACAGGAACUGAUACAUUAUAAAUAUACACGUGCAUACCUACACUAAUAUAUUCCUAAUUUACGAUCAGAAUAAGUCCACGUUAGUUUUUGUGUAGAUGUAUGUUAAUGGAUUGACGUGUUACUGUAAUUUGCGUGUUUUCCUCAAAAGAACGGGUAUUAUGAUGAUGACGAUAGACACCGAUCGUAAUAUCUCUUCAGAAGAAUAUUCUUUUUUGGACGUUUUAAGAACAAAUAUGAAAUAUAAAGAAAUAUAUAUAUAUAUACAUAUAUACACACACAUAUAUACUGUCCACUCUCUAUUUUCAGCGAUCUCUACGCCUAUGUAUAUCCGAAUUAUGUAUACAUACAUAUAAAUGCACACAUAUAUAUAUAUAUAUUUAAAAUUGAACAGUGCCGUGACGUGAGUGGUUCCAAUGGUGUACCUUUUCAGGGGCCAAAUUAGAAGAUUAACAUAUAUAAAAGAAGAAAUGUAAUAAUUAUGUAUGGUUAAAAGAAACUUUAGAAGAUAUUUUUUUGUUAUAUAAAUUGCUACUGUAAUGAAGCUCAAUUAUAAAUUUUGAUCGCAUUAAGACUGAUCUAAGUUUUCUAAUUUUUAUAGAAUUUCAUUUCUGAGUGCAGUGUUUUGUAAGAAUCUAGUUUGGUGAUUAAGAAACACUAUGCUGAGGUACUAAAUCAAUGACAAUACUAAAACAAAAAUCCUAUUAAACGAACGAGCGAUUAAUUAAAUUGAAUGUCAAUUUAAGCGGUCUAUUAAGGGGUGAGAUUAACCCUCGGAAGACGGACAUUCUUGGUUAUGGCCAUUUUGACCCGCAAUUAAAACUUUAGCAGAUACAAGUUUGAAGCCUUCGAUAUUUUAGUUAUUUCAUUUCUAUAGCUGGGUCAAAAUGACCAUGCAAUCGUGCUAAGGUUAAACGAGCUAUUUAUUGUACAAAGUACAGAGACCCAUUGUCUUCUCAGAAUCCAACAUAAUCUCUUACAAUCCUACAGUUGAUUCAGAAUUAAAUUUCUCCAUGCUAUAGUCUCUCUAUUCCUUUCUUUUAUUACAAUUGGAUUCUAUAUAGGACAGAGAAUUAAAUUAAAGAAGCUUUAAAUAUAAAGGAAAGAAAGGAAACUAUCUUCUCUAUUAUCCAACAAGGACACCUUUUUCUAGUCACAGACCAUGGAAUUGCUCCCUCACAGCGCUGUAUUCAACUAAAGAGAGCAGAGUAAACGUAAUAGGGGAUGAAAAUGCGAAGAAAUGUUGCACGUUUCAGUGGGAAUGGUUCCUUUCCUAACGAUUUUCCUUAACCGGACAAGGAGAUCGUGACAACUCGAUUCGUUUGGUUUGCAAAAUAGAUUUAUCGUUUUAAACAUCGGUUGUUAUUGUUGUCGUUGCUGUUCUUCCGUAGAAACGUCGCCUCGACGAGGACAUUCGCGAGAAAGGGAUAUUCUCAUCAAGUGCCUUUCUGUAUUUUUGUAAUUUAAGCUAACUCGAUGUAAGUCUUACCGGAGAAAUACAACAAUGUAGCCACGAAACGUGUGUGUGUCGACAUAUUGCGUACUGUGUUUCAUUUUUAACUGGCCAUUUAGCCAUUUUCAAUGUUGUCCGUUCUUCUAUUCCUUUUAAUUAAUUUUUCUUUCUCAAUUUCGUUUUACUUUCUUUUUUUUUCGUUUUGUAUUAUGAUCGCAAUUUUUUUUUUUUCUUAUUUUCUACUGAAUGUCGAGAGAGAAUGUUAGCGUGAAAGUUUAUGGUACGAGGGUGAUUCCGAAAGUUCCCAGAAUGGCCACUCUUUUAAAGCAGUACAUACCUUUGGUAAAAUGAAAAGAGGACUUCCUCAAAAAUUCAUUUAAGAAGGUUAAAAUGUUAAAAUUUUAUUAAAGUACCUCAUACACGUAAUAAAAUGAAAAAAUUUCAUCUGUUUUUGAAUCACCCUUGUACGUACAAGAACAUUAUAGAUUUAUGACAACGGAUCGUGAAACGAUGACAAGAAAACAAAGGAAGACUUUUAACCCUUUCGCUUUAGAGGCAUUUAUUAUAUGCUUCAAAAUUAAUUAAAUACCUCUAAGUCUCAAUGAUAGCGAAAGGGUUAAGAACAAUGUUACAUAAAUCAACUUCCUUUUCGAUACUCCCGUUUGAUGUCCCCGUACGAUUAGCUAUUGUCAAGAUAAAUUUAUCGAUGUUCUUAAAUGAAAAAAAAAAAAAAAA